CAGUUGUCUCAUUAUUUGGACAUGGUCGAGAUCAACAUCGCUGCGCAAAUUGCGCAGAAUUCGGAGGCCUAUUUCAAAACCAUGUCCUGUCACGAUGUUCUGAUGGCGGACUUGAACACGACCACCUCGAAAGUCAGAGUGCUACGUGCGGAAAUGAGCCGCCUUCGGAAGACUCUGGUUGAGGGGCCCAUGCAGAUCAUUGCACUUUUCCAGCAACGAUCCCGAGCGGCUGUUUUGCUUAAAACGUUGAAGGUGAUGAGAACCGUGCACCAAACCCAAGGAACUGUGCAGCUUCUUUUGGCUACUUCUGAUUUUGUCGGAGCCUUGGAUCUUAUUGCCACUACUCAUGAUGUGCUUGAAGAAAACUUGAAAAAUUUGCGAUGUUUUAGGCAUUUGGGGACCCAGUUGAGAGAGCUGGAGAAAAUCAUUGGCCGGGUUCUGGUCACCGACUUCUACCGCUGGGUAACGGGCUUCCUCAACCGCCCCGAGCUCCCAGAAACCCGAAGCAGCGGCGAAGAAGAAGACGGCCGAGACCGACUCUCGGCCAUCGUCUUUGGCCUCGUUAAACUCGGCGAGACGAAAGUGAUGCUGGACACGUUGCGGGAAGAAAGCGGCGCCGCUCUCAAAGCCCUCGUCAAGCAAGUGUUGGCGGAAACGUUGACGCGGAGCGACGUUGUUUCGGCGGCGGUUGAAGACAAGGAGGAUGACGGAGCAAGUGGCGGCGUGGAGGAUGGAGGCGGCAAGAGAGGGGUUGCUGCUGACAUCUCUGGGCUGGAUAUGCAAGCGUGGUUUGCGUUUUUCAAGGACUUGUGCGCCAACGUGGUGGCGUUGUUGAAGCGCAUCAAGAGCCUCAAUGGGUUGAUUGGGGACAUGGUGUCCACUGCUGCGGAAGCAAAUGAAGCCAAAGACGAUGCCGCAAAGAGUGCACGAGUGGAGGAGCUGAUGACGGGCCUGAAUGCAGCAGUCGUGUGGGCCUGCAAUAUGGCUCACGAACGGAUUGCGAGAGUUAUUUUGGCGUCUGGGAAAUGUUUGGACAAGUGUUCCGCUUCGGAUUACCGUGCUUUAAAUACUUGCAUUAAAGAAUUCUCGCUGGCUACUGAACACAUCAGCGGGAAGAAAAUGUCUCACGUUUGGUCAGCGCUUCAUGGUCAGACGCAGAAAUUCAUAGCUCGGUUCCACGACAGUCACAAAGCAAAGUUGGGGAUGCUUUUGGACAACGAACGGUGGCAGGCUGCAAAAGUGCCUCGAGAACUCCAACAGCUGGUUGACAACAUUUUCACCUUGGGAAAGUUCACUGCUUCGCCGAAGCAGCUUCCGGAACAGGACGCCGGAAAUCCGUUUGCAGAAUUGGCGGUUGCUACGUCGCAUCUCGCAGUCGAGGGUCAGCAGUUUAUCGUUGUCGGGGUUGUGCUAAUGUUGGUGAGGGACGUUGGGGAAUAUUGCGACUUGGCGAGAGAGAAUAUUUCAUUGGCGUCGGACUUGUUGACGAGGUUAUCAGACCUCCUGGGGUUUUACAACUCUCGGAUGAGCCAACUUCUACUCGGUGCCGGUGCUUUGAGUUCUGCCGGACUGAGAACCAUCAGCGCAAAAAACCUGGCCUUGGGAUGGAGAAGCUUGCAGCUGGUUCAGGCAAUGUUGCCGCGAAUCAAAGCGUUCUUUGAAGAAAUCCUUUUAACGCGAGCUUCUGGGAUUCGGCAGCUCGAUCAGGUUACUCGAGACGUGGAAGCACACGGGAUGGGCCUUUGCUCGAAAUUAUCGCAAAUCGUGGACACCGGCAUGGAAAUGCAGUUGGCGAGAUGGGAGUUGAAGCCGCCGGUUCCGUCCCUGGCUUUCAAGUCGAUUUGUUUAAUCAGGGUUGUGCUAAUGUUGGUGAGGGACGUUGGGGAAUAUUGCGACUUGGCGAGAGAGAAUAUUUCAUUGGCGUCGGACUUGUUGACGAGGUUAUCAGACCUCCUGGGGUUUUACAACUCUCGGAUGAGCCAACUUCUACUCGGUGCCGGUGCUUUGAGUUCUGCCGGACUGAGAACCAUCAGCGCAAAAAACCUGGCCUUGGGAUGGAGAAGCUUGCAGCUGGUUCAGGCGAUGUUGCCGCGGAUCAAAGCGUUCUUUGAAGAAAUCCUUUUAACGCGAGCUUCUGGGAUCCGGCAGCUCGACCAGACAAUCCUGGUUUUUGAGGUCAGCGCUGAGCAUAGCAACCAAUUUCGAUUGGUGUUGACAUACUUGGUUGCGCGUCAACCAAGAUGCAAGCUGAAUGAAGCUGUGAGCGAUGUUCUGCCGCAUUCCCAAUUGGACGCUAUUUAUAGCAAGGUCCACGCGUCGUUUCGCUCGAGAAUCCAUGCGAACAUCAUCAAGUCGGGGAUCAAGAACGACGGAGGACCUGAUCACGGGUUGAUUACGGCUGAGCUGACGUUUUACGUGGAGCAGCUGAAGAGUUUAAAGUGUUUUGUUGACCCUCGGAAAUUGGAAAGCUUCCACGAGGAAGUGUGGAAGGAAUCGUGAGCGGAUGACGACUUUUUCAUGUUGAACGCUGAAAGUUUUAUCGAUGGAAGAAGAAGAAACAUUCUAGUCUGCGGUGAUGUGAUUUGUACGCCCGUGCACAGUGGUUUCCAAAACGAGGAAAGAGGUGUUUCAAAAAUUUGGCUUGCUGUUGCUUGUUGAUGCUUAUUCGGGGAGGUUAUACUCUUUGCGCACCCUGCAGGGUGAGGGGAUCCAGUAUGUCAAGUGUGGUGAUGCAUUCCGAGGAAAGGAUUAUUUUAUUUUUUGUUGGCAUGAGGAAUUCGUGUAUGAUUUUUGAUGGAUUGUGAUGAGGUAUCACAAAUGAAGUGAGACAUCAACUGAAAACA